GAAUGGAGAAGAACCUGAGAAGCAAUGAAUUGAAUGACUCCAUCGGUUGUAAGUCCACUUUGAGGUGAUUUGACCACAUAAGCCAUAGAUAGGAGGAGAAACUCACGGGACUACUGCAGCGUCAACUAUAUGAGUAUGUGUGAGCAACAGGGCUUCCAACUCUGCAGGAGCAACCUCAAUUAUUUCUUCUCCUCCUCCUCCUCCUCCUCCACGAUGGCCGUGCUCUCGUAUUCCUUACUUCCCUUGUUGUCGAUGCUUGUGCUCUUUGUGCUUGGUUCUGGAUUCGGCGAGGCGCAAGGCAUUGUUAAUGCACGCGGGAUUCAUCCCCGCGGCCAAGUUUUGCCUCAUUUUCCCGUCAAACACAAUCACGGCAAGUUCAUGGCCGGUCCGUGGAACUUUGCUCAUGCCACCUUCUAUGGAGGCUCUGAUGGCUCCGAAACAAGAGGAGGAGCAUGCGGGUAUGAGGACACGGUGAGCCAGGGCUACGGGCUGCAGACGGCGGCGCUGAGCGCGGCGCUGUUUAACAACGCCGAGACAUGCGGUGCGUGCUUCGAGAUCAAGUGCGUCGACGACCAGCAGUGGUGCAAGCCCGGGCAACCUUCGAUCGUCGUGACGGGGACCAACCACUGUCCCCCGAACUACUACCUCCCGAGCGACAACGGCGGCUGGUGCAACCCCCCUCGCACCCACUUCGACCUUGCCAUGCCCGCGUUCCUCCAGAUCGCCGAGUACAAGGCUGGAAUCGUCCCCGUCACCUAUCGCAGGGUGCCGUGCAGAAAGGAAGGUGGGAUAAGAUUCACGAUGAAAGGGAACCGCUACUUCAACCUGAUCCUGGUGUGGAACGUGGCCGGGGCCGGGGACGUGCACGCGGUGCUCGUAAAGGGAAACAAGCUAGGGUGGACGGCGAUGACGAGAAACUGGGGCCAGUACUGGCAAACCUCCGAGGACUUGACGGGACAGUCUCUUUCGUUUCGAGUUAUCACCGGCGAUCAUCGGAAGUCCACCUCCUGGCACGUCACGCCGCGGGAUUGGCAGUUCGGACAAACCUACCAGGGCAAGAAUUUCAGAUACUAGCUAGCAGUUUCCAACUUUGCCUGCAGAUUGUCGCACUCGCACUCGCACUCGAUCUCAGCAACUAGGAAUUACUGUAAAAUCCUCAAAAUUUAGCAUUUCAUAGGUUAAUUUGUUUUGUAACUUGGGUGAUGUUGUUUCACUCAAUUAAUUUGUAUGCAAUCGUGUCCCUUCCUGUGCUUAAUUGUGUGCGCGUGUGAAUCCCCUAUCUUACUUACCCUUAUGGGAUGCAUAUAUCAUGCAAGGAAUUUCACACUUCAAAUUGUAGCUAGUGAG